AUGUCACCGCCAUCAACUCCACCUCGCCAUCGAUACCUCUCCCGCGACGAGCGCCUGCAAGCGCAAACCCUGCACCUAGCAGGCCAUACGCAAACUUUUAUCGCCAACCUAUUAGGUUUCUCUCGCAGACAAGUCGCCUACGCGAUCGCUAGCAACCGCGUCACGCCAAAGAAACGUUCUGGUCGCCCUCGCAAGCUCACCGAUGCCCAAGUUGAUGAGCUUGAGGCCUAUAUCAAGUCCUCGCGUACAGCCAGGCAGAUGAGCUAUCAGGCUCUUACAGAGGGACCUUUUGCAGAGUGGGAAGUCACACAAUAUGCUAUACGGACUGCUCUACGCAGUAGAGGGUAUACACGUCGGGUUACUCAUGCGAAACCUCCCCUAACUGAGAGAAAUCGACAGAUUAGAGCGACGUGGGCCCAGGAGCACCUCCACUAG